AACUGUCCUUCCCCAUAGGCCUGCGUCCUGGCUGCUUGGGCGCAUGCGCAAAGCAGAAGGGAUGUCGAACCUAGCCUCCUGUGAUCCGGCGGGUCUCCAAGCCCCCGCUCAGGCGGAGCAAAAGCCGCCGCCUUCGCUGAAGCCGUGUUGUGCCUGCCCCGAGACGAAGCAGGCGCGCGACGCCUGCAUCAUCGAAAAAGGAGAAGAAAACUGUGGCCAUCUUAUUGAAGCUCACAAGGAGUGCAUGAGAGCUUUGGGUUUUAAGAUAUGAACAAGAUGAGUCAUAUAUUGGAAUCUUUCAUAGGUGAUUUACUGUGGAUAAUUGGAAACUUUACUUCCACAACUGGUUGAAUUGCUUUUUGAUGUUUUUUAUGAGAAGAUGAAGUUUUGGGAAAAAAUAUUUAAAAUAAGUUUUAAAAUCACAACAAUAUAUUGCCUUAAUCUAUAGUUUGGAUUUGAGAAAUUGUGAUACUAAAUUAUUCUUAGUAUUUAAAGUUCUAAUUUAAAUAGAGCAUUGUUUCUUUCCUGUACAUAAAAUAUUAUGAGAGUGAACAAUAAAGCAAUUUGGUCUGAA